AAUUCUUUGUAAAGUGUCCUUCUCAGUCCGUAGGAGUUCGCAGCAAUAGUUAUUUUUGGAAAUACCUCGCCUAUCAAAGACUGUCACAGUAUCCAUAUCACCAUAUCAUUGCCUGAGUCAUGCAAAGCUCUUCGCCAGUCCCGUUUGAAGCGUUAGAGAAAGGAUUGUAAGCGAUGAUGUCUCUCUUCAGGUCUAUAUGGAAGCCUUGUAAGCUCGAAUUUGCUGACACUGCCAGCAACAGGACUGAAUCUUCCCUUCCUACCAACACGAAACAAGACAAUCCAUCAAAUAAAACACACUCGACACUCGAUAUCCACACUGUUGUGCUAGAAGACGAAGGUGUCCCUUGUGCGUACAGCAACAACAAGCAUAAGCAGAAUGGUCAUGUCUGCAGCCAAAAGUCCAAGAGAGGUAGCUGGUAUCGGACUACUUGUGCCUCGAGAUGUUCUGCUAUGUUCAUUGGAGAAGACCUAGUGAUGGAAGAGUUGCUCCAUGGGAUUGGAUCUCAAUUCGAAGAAUGCCCAGCUGUAUUUUCAAUCAAUACUGGUGACCUAUUCGCUAUGAAUGAUAGCUUGCACAAGGAAUAAGAACUGGGCUAUAAUUGCGGACCAUGGUCGAGAAUCUGAAACAAACAGGAGCCGGACACAGCCCACAUUGAUUCGAGAUAGCUAUCUUUAUGAGUUAUGAGGUAUAGCUCAAACACAACUUGAACCUUUCUGUGACAAUCUCUUAAAGCUCGUUGAAUCAUGCUGC